AUGAGGAAAGCCUUGUCAGAAGCGCAAAGUCGGAGUAUUCAGAAGCUUUCCACGCAUGGGAAGAAGAAGAAGAAGGAGGAGGAGGAGGAGAAGAAGAAGAAGAAGAGCGCAUGCCUUUUACGGAUAGGCCCCGUCCCUAAGACUCCUUCUGUGGAGGCAGCUGCCGUCACCACCUUCUUGGUGAGCUUGCUGGGCGGGAUGUUGAUCGCUUGCAGCUGGGGUCAACUAGUGCCAAACAGCGACUUCGCCUUUUGCUUUGGAUUCCUGAACUUCUUUGUGGUCCUUUGCUUCUGGCAGCAUAUUCGAGAUACCUUUGUGCAGCCCCGACUGAUGUUCCUGGACAAGCUCUGCAUACCUCAGCGGGAUGAGUUAGAGAAGGAGCAGUGCAUACUGGGUCUGGCAGGGUACCUGAAAGCUUCUCGGAAUCUCGUGAUCCUCUGGUAUGAGGUUGAUGCCUUCUUGCGCAGCCAUCCAGAACCGGGCGGAGUGCAUGUGAUGCCAGUCGCUCUGCCCUUGCUCAUGUUGCUCCACUGCUCGUGGUGGGGCUUGUGCCGCAUAGGAGUUUUUGUUGUCUAUCACAUGCAGUACGUUGCUGUCGAUCAAUGGGGCCAAGCUGGGCUAGUAAUGGUCGUUGUGGCCACAGCCUUCCUCGUGACCUUCCCGUUGCAGUCCCGCAUUGGAGCUCAGUUGGUGCAUCAACUAUGCCAGCUCCCUGCCCAGCUGAAGGUCUUUAGCAUCAACGAGGCGGAGUGCUCCUGCUGUUCUCAGGGCCACCUGCAUCCGGAGACAGGUGCAGCCGUACCCUGCGAUCGUGAGCUGGUGUACCGUGCCCUGGAACAGACGCAUGGACAGCCAGGGGAUUCUCUCGAAGAAUGCCUCAAAGCCUUCAGCACAGCGGUCAGGACGGAGCUCGGGCAACGCAUCCUUCGUGCUUGGGGCAGCGGCGCCCUGCCCCUAAGAUCCUUUGUCUUCAUGACCUUCAGCAUGAACUUCCCAUUCUUGCUGAGCACACUUCCCCACAUCGCAUCCCAAGUAUCUUCGCACUCCUCGAUCGGCACCAUCGUAGCAAUCAGCUUGCAGAACCUGCUCGGCUGGGCAAGCAGCAUGCCAUGCAUGCUGUUCUACCUCUGGUUCUGUAACUGGGCCUGGUCGCAUGGGAGACACCCAACCUGGCCUGUUCUCUUUGAAGUGGCUUCCAUGCUUUCCGUGAUGGCCGGCAUUACUCUGAUAUGGCUUGUGCUGGCAAUUCCAUUGCAGUUGCAGCUGCCGUUUUGCUUGCUCGGGAGCGUAGUCUUCCCCAUUGUGAUGGCUGCGGGGUUCUACCUUCUAAGACAAGCUUCGCUGGGCCCAGUUUGGGAGGCGGUGGAGGGCUCCAGAAAAGAUGGGCAAGGCUGGGACGAAGCUUCUUGCUUCUCUAUUUGA